AUGGCAAGUGAGAAAUCAAAUAACCCACUUACUGGGAAGGAGAAAAGUACUGAAUCCAUAAGUAAUUUGACAAGGCCACAAUUGUUUUCACUGUACGACGAAGAUAUCACCAAGAGUGCAGAUUCUGAAGAUUAUGAAAGAAUUAGAUCAAGAGGUAGUGCAGGAAGUUUCUCAAGGCCAGCAUCUUCCAACUCACAAAUGGAACCAGGUCCCACACCAGCGAAGAAAAGAUGGGCUCCAUUCUUCCGAUUUGUUUUUGCAAUGGUAGUGCUAUCAUUAGCAGGAAUUGCUUAUCACGAAUUAUCCAGGCAUUUACACGAUAACCAUAAGUUACAUCCAGAAUUGGCUUCAAGGCCGUUGUUAGUGGGUGUCCAAUUAUCCCAGUUUUUUACAGGUAACAUGGCUCCUGACUGGGCAGUAUAUGCAUUUGAAGGGAUUUUCUUUGGUUCAUGUAUUCCAUUGAUUGAUUAUAUCUUUUCCAUUAAAACUCGUCAUGCAUCCUGGUUAUCGAUUUUAAAGACAGUUAAUGCAAUGCUAGGUGUUACAUUCGGUAUCCGUAAAGUCCAGUGGUCGUCAAGUUUGCAAGCGGCCAUCGCAUGGGGUCUAUUGAAUAUCAUACUCUGGCUAUUUUUCGACGGAACGAUUUCCAUGUUCAUCACUUGUUCAACUUUAGGAUUACUAUCAUGCGCAACAUGCUACAGUGACAUCACUGAUAAAUCUCAACUAUUGUAUUUCGUGGACUUUUAUUUCCUGGGAUUACUGCUAUUUGGUGAAUUGGGUAGAUACUUAUUUUCAACGAGUUUCUGA